GCAAGUGAUACAAAGCCGAGUUUAAUGAGCUGGCUGCAGCCGAAACACAUGAGACUGCCGCAGCACUUGUCCCUGGCCAACGGAUCGAGCCAACUAUUAAUGGCAACAGGCUGGAAGUUUAUGCGAAAAGUUUCUGAAAGUAAUACGCAGAGAAAACACAAACCGAGCUAAGUUCCAUCAAGCAACAAUAAACGGGAAAUCGCGCUGGGGAAAAACGCUUAAAUCAGCACAAGAAACCGCCGAGCGAGAAGGAGGAACGCAGAAAAGUUUUCCGACAACGGAUUUCCAUUCGCCGAGCACCGGCAUCAUCAUCACCAUUUCCCUCGAUUCUCUGUUAUUGUUUCGCCAAGGAUUACAUAUUAUGCGAUAAACAUGAAAUACACAAACGAUACACGAAUCAUUGUGUUCAUUUGCUGUUUGCUGCAAGGUCUAGCCGUGGGCCUGCGCAUGAUCAAGGUCUCCAUUCCCGCCUACAAGUUGCGCGGCGAGUCCGCCUUUCUGGAGUGCCAGUACGAGCUGAACCGCACCCACCACACAGUCACGGGUCUGCAGAGCCACUCGGACCACGGCCAUGGCCACCAGACCCACGGUGCUGGUGGUGGCAGCAAUGGGGAGUUCCACUAUCCGGAUGGUGAGGCGCUGGAGGAGGAUCGGUCGCCGUACCGCCCGCGGAUGCGCCAGAAUCAGCGACAGCACGGCCAGCGGCCCAGGCAGCGGGAACCCAUCGCCAUGCGGCAGUACCAGAGUCUACAGAGUCACCAGCAGCCACCGGCUCCGCCGGAGAAGUCACCUUACGGGCACAGUGUUUACAGGGGAAGUGCUGCCUCCGGCUAUCUAGGUGCCGCCCAUGUCGGCGCCAGCACCCACAGCGGAUCCGUGUCCGUAAGCUCCGGCGGCAGCAGUGGGGGACCGGCGGCGUAUAUGCCCGAGUUCGAUCGCGAGGACAGUUUCGACGACAGCGUCGACCGCGAGGAGGAGGAGGAGGACGAGGAGGAGCAGCUCGAGGAGGGGGAGGCCCUGUACGCCAUCAAGUGGUACAAGGACAACGAGGAGUUCUACCGCUACGUGCCAAAGGCCCGGCCGCCAAAAACCAGCUACCGGGUGGACGGCGUGCGAGUCAUAGAGGAGCUCUCCGACGCGAGUCGCGUGCUGCUGCGCGGACUGACGCUGAACUCCACCGGACUGUACCGCUGCGAGGUGUCCGCCGAGGCACCCAACUUCUCCUCCGUUCAGGGCGAGGGUCGGAUGGAUAUCGUCUUUCUGCCGCGCGAUGGACCUCACAUAAGGGGACAGCAGUAUCAGUAUCAGAUCGGCGAAUACUUGUAUUUAAAUUGCACGUCCGGCAAAUCGCAUCCGGCCUCGCAUUUGCAGUGGUUUGUCAACGAACAGCCGAUCCUCGACGAGCACUACCUGCACAAAUACAACGACAUCGUGCACAAACACGGGCUAAUCACCUCGACUUUGGGCCUGCAGCUGCCGCUGGAGCCGCGCCACUUCCACGACGGCGACAUGCGCGUCAAGUGCAUGGCCAGCAUAUCGCCGGUCCUGUGGAAGGGGGGCAAGGAGAGCGUCCUGCAGCGGCGGCCGGGGAUCAUCGACAACCGCGAGGCCAUGUUGCUGGUGAAAGGUGCAGCCUGCAACUCACAGAGCAGUUUGCUGCGCACCCUGACCAUCGCCAUCAUUCUGGCCAGAACCGGGCAAUGGCUACUUGGCUCGGAACUGACCUAAGCGAGCCCGCGAAGAUGGCCAGCACUCCAUUCGACUCGUUUCAAUUAACAAGCAUUCAUUUCAAUUCAAUUCAAUUCAAUUGCAAUUGCAGAGCAUAAAUGGUGAU